ACAAGUGUGUUCGCUAGUGUUAUUUGUAAAAAUAAUUGAAGGUUUAGGAGAAGCCGAGAGAAAGGCCAUCGAGGCAGUUGGUCUUGGAUGCCUCCUGCGCAUUCCUCCCGUCAAAAUCCGUCGAAACUUAUGCAGAUGGAUCGCAGAGCGAUACAAAUCUGAACUAGAUGCAUUUGUUUUUGGUAGGGAUGAUAUGGCUCAGUUGACCUUACAGGAGUUUGAACACUUAUUUGGUCUUCCUGCACGGGUAAGAGCACCUCUGAGACCAGAAGUGAUAGAGAUGUUCGAGGAGAUAAAGCAAAAUAAAAAGCGGCGAAUACCUUUCCCAGAAUUGGAGCAGACAAUUAGAAAAGGAAUUAAAACAUUAAGUGAUGAGCUGCCUUUCCUUCAGGCAUUUAUUUUGUACACAAUCGGGUGUAUUCUAUGCCCAACUACCCAACGUUGGGUCAGUGUAGAUUAUAUGCCAUAUGUAGUUAGCAGGGAAGCAAUCUUGGUGAUAGACCUUGCCAGAUUAUCACUUAAUCAUCUAGUUAAGUCUGUAAAGCAGUAUAAUGCAGCACUUAAAGAUCCAGAAAGAGGCCUUCAGGGUAUUGUAAACCUCGAGGGGAAUCUUCCUUUGUUGCAGUUUUGGUUUUGGGAAAAAUUCCGUCUGGACAGACUUGAUGCUUCAAUCGAUUAUACAGGACGUGAGGCACCGCUUCUCCAAUACUGGGAUGAGAAAAAGGCACGCAAGGUCUGUGCCAUUUUAAAUGAGCACGGUCGUGACGCUGGAGAGUACGUUUUUGAUCUAAAGGAGGCUUGGGAGCCUCCCAGGCCGUCAUCACCAUUACCUUCGUUUGACGACUUGCCGCCAACAGAUUCAAAGUUGGUGCUAAAGCUGCACGAGUCGAUCCUCAACAUGAGACGUGCUGUAAUGCAUGAUAACCUACUGACUCGCAUAAAGAUCGAAGAGCAUGGGGAUUAUCUUUAUAGAUUUGAAGAGAAGCUAGAUGCCUUUUGUCAGCAACGAGCCAACGACUACGAUGACUUUGAGCGUGGACCAUCGACGUAUGACUAUCAGUACAGAGAAUACAAGCACUUCAGCCCGGACAGAACCUCCCCCAUGCCUGUCCGUGACUUGAACCAAGAUUUCGAGGUCAUGGAUACAAUCAUAACAUGGAUGCAACACAUGCGCCCCAUUCCAGAAAUAAGGGCAGGUCGCACUGUCUACAUGGAGAGGGCAUCGAGAGUGGACUUACUAGUUCGAGAUGGCAGAAGUGAUGCAUAUAAUAGGGAUGUACGAAACAAGAAUCAUGGUACUAACAUGGGAAAAGUGUACAUUUCCCAUGACAUGAUUUGUCUACGAGUGAACUAUGAGAAUAUACACUGGUACGUGGUCAAUGUGAAUCCUGAAGAGAGACUAAUACAAGUUUUGGACUCCAUGCGUAAACAAACAAAAAACUUCAAAAAAGCCCACCCAGAACUACAAAAUAUGCUCAAAGGAAUGGAAGCACAUCUGGACGUAACAUCUCGACACGACUGCGAAAAGAGUGAUAGCUGGCCUGAUUACGCCGUUAAUAGUUGGCCAGUUCAAGUUGUCAAGAAUGAUUUCAUGUGGACUCUAUGCGCUCAAGAACAUGGCAAACUGGAUAGGACAUGA